CCCGGCAGCGGGCUGGCUGGCGGCCGUCUCCUAGCCGCGGGGUUCUGAGAAGCAGCCAUGACUGACCAAGAUUGUCCGACGUUGUGGGGCUUUGGAACAACAAAAAAAUUUAAAAUUCCCAUUGAGCAUUUGGAUUUCAAAUACAUUGAAAAGUGCUCGGAUGUUAAGCAGUUGGAAAAAAUUUACUGGGUGCUCAGAUCUGGUGAGGAAGGAUACUACCCCGAACUUACAGGAUUUUGUGAAAAGCGCCUUGAAAGCUUAGCUCCUCAUAGCAGAGCCUUGAGGAAAGAUAAGCCCGUGGCGACAGCAUCCAGUUUCACAGCGGAAGAAUGGGAACUAAUCGAUGGUGAUAUGAAGAGUUGGGUAUCAGAAAUUAAAAAAGAAGAAAAUAAAAUUCACUUCCAUGGAACGAAAACAUUCCCAGCCACGGAAGAUAAUCUCCCUCCAAUUCGUGGUUCCAGCAGCUGUCUUCCUAUUGCCAAGGAAAAGUAUUCUAAAAGUAAACCAGCUAAAAAGAAAAUUCCAAGGGAUUAUGCAGAAUGGGAUAAAUUUGACGUGGAAAAGGAAUGUUCAAAAAUUGAUGAAGAUUACAAAGAAGAUGCUGUAAUAAACAAGACACAUUUAUCCAAGAUUGAGACAAGAAUAGAUACAGCAGGUCGAACCAUCAGGGAAAAGGAUUUGCUUGCUACUCGGGAAAAGGAAAAAGGAAAUGAAGCUUUCAACUCAGGGGAUUUUGAAGAAGCUGUGAUGUAUUAUACUAGGAGUAUUUCAGUGCUUCCUACUGUAGCUGCAUAUAACAACCGAGCCCAAGCAGAAAUCAAAUUACAGAAUUGGACUAGUGCUUUUCAGGAUUGUGAGCAGGUCUUGAAGUUAGAACCUGGAAACUUAAAGGCUCUUCUGCGCCGUGCCACUACAUAUAAACAUCAGAACAAGCUCCAGGAAGCUGUAGAAGAUUUGAGUAAAGUACUGGAUAUUGAACCUGAUAAUGAUUUGGCUAAGAAAAUGUUGUUAGAAGUUAAAGAGGAUCUGAAAAAUGCUCAACCUGUACCUAAGACUCAAACCAAAGGAAAAAGGCUUGUUAUUCAGGAAGUAGAAAACUCUGAAGAUGACGAUGGAAAGGACAGAGGCAGAAAACGUGAAGAAGGCAGUGAAGGAAGUGAACAUGCAGACGAGCUAAGCAUCUUAUAUUCCAAUAGAGCAGCAUGUUGCCUAAAGGGAGGACACUGCAGUGGCUGCAUUCAAGACUGUACCAGGGCUCUGGAACUGCAGCCGUUCUCAAUCAAGCCUCUUCUGCGAAGAGCAAUGGCCUAUGAAACUUUAGAGCGGUAUCGGCAAGCCUAUGUGGACUACAAAACGGUGUUGCAAAUCGACUGUGGAAUCCAGGUCGCAAAUGACAGUAUUAACAGAAUUACAAGACUUUUAAUGGAUCUGGAUGGACUAACUUGGCGAGAGAAGCUGCCACCCAUCCCAACAGUGCCCACUUCUAUGCAGGUGCGGGCAUGGCACCCUGCAGCAGAGAAAUCCUUGGCCAAAGAGGGUGAUGCCAGCAGCCUUCACCAGCCAGGCGUCCCAGAUGAAGAAAAGUUCAGAAUCCUGAAGGAAGCAGGAAAUCAGUGUGUGAAGGACCAGAACUACAGAGAGGCCCUGAGUAAAUACAGCGAAUGCUUAAAGAUUAACAACAAGGAAUGUGCCAUAUAUACAAACAGAGCGUUGUGCUACUUGAAGUUGUGCAUGUUUGAAGAGGCCAGGCAGGACUGCGACCUGGCACUGCAGAUUGACGGCGGGAGCGUGAAGGCCUGCUACCGACGAGCUCUGGCCCAUAAAGGACUCAAGAAUUAUCAGAAAAGUGUCAGUGACCUCAAUAAAGUUCUCCUGCUAGACCCAAGUGUUGUUGAGGCAAAGAUGGAGCUGGAAGAAGUAACCCGAUGCCUUCAGUGUAAGGACAACAAAGCCUCAUUCAACAAAGAGAGGGAGAGAAGGAAAAUUACGAUUCAAGAGGUGAAUGGCAACGGGAGAGAGGCGACCCAGAGGCCCUCACCCGAGGGCUCCAUUGCCUGCCCUGCUUCUGAGAAGGGAGAAGUCCAAGGGCCACCAGAACCCCAUGACAAGCUGCGGAUUUGCAAGCCUAAUAAUGCCUAUGAAUUUGGCCAGCUUAUGAGCGCGAUAAAUACCAGAAAAGACCCAGAAGCUUGUGCGGAGCUUCUAGCCUGCACCAAACCAGAAGAUCUGCCUAUGCUGCUGAGUAACAAGCUUGAAGGGGACAUGUUCCUCCUGCUCAUUCAGGCCCUGAAGCACAGUCUUGUUGACCAAGAGCCCUCCGUGAUCUACCGGCAUCUUUUCUACCUCAGUCAAGCAGAACGGUUUAAGAUGAUGCUGACACUAAUUAGCAAGAGCCAAAAGGAGCAAAUUGAACAGUUGUUCGAUGACCUUUCAAACACCUCAGACAACCGGUUGGCUUUAGACGAUUUACAGGCCCUCAAGAGGCAGUAUGAGCUGUGACUUGGCCGGCUGGCUGGCUGGCCGACUGACUGACCACUACUUGCCUGCUUCUGUGCACACACUGUGUCCAGUCAUGCCGCCAUGGUGUGGUGAGGAAGUGGCCACAGACAGCCCCACUUGGAGAGAGCCCUUGGUCUUGGACUACAAGAUAUCUUAAUUAUUUUUAUACCCAGAACACAUAUAUUCUGUAAUCUGCUUUUUAUCCAUUGUAAAUAUUUUCUUAAUGUACCCGAGAGCUAGCAUCUUUAUAUUUAAUAAUGAGUAUAUUUAGCACAUAUUCAAAGCGCAUUUUAAGUUAUGGUAUACCUUUUAUUUUAAUAAGCUGUUACCUUAGUUAAAUUGCAUUUCCUUGGGCUAUGAAGGCGUGCUCUUUGUUUUGACAGACACGCCAACGUCACUGAUGAUGACCUGUGUCUUCUGCUGAAACACCUCAAUAAUCCCACUUUAUUGUACUGCUUGUGGAUCAAAAUCAGUUAAGAGAAAAUCCCGACUAAAGUUACACUGUGGGCUGAAUAUUAAAUAAAUUGUGUUUUUUCACCUAGCGCUCUAAGAGGGACUCUUUUUAUAACGAGGAAACAUUGCCUUAUAAUAAAGACCAAAAUUUGCCAAUAAUGUAUGACCCUUUUCCUCAUAGUUUUAAGAAGCUUAUUCCUGUUUAUAUUGUCUAUUGAAAUAACAAAACAACUAUAAAAGCAAAAUUUAAAUGCAUCCCCCCCCCCCAUCUGUUGUCUGCUUUAACUGUGAGCACAUCUUGCUGUGAACAGGAGUGAAGAGCCCUUUCCAUUGCCGCUUGCUGGUCCUGACUGCCAACUGGGCCAGAGCACAGGUAUUUCUUGAAAUAAACGUUCAGCUCUCAA